AUGAAUAAAACAAGAAAGAGAAGAAAAAUUAUCAAAGCUUGUGUCUUUUGUCGAAAACGGAAAUUGAAAUGUGAUUUGACUAAGCCCAAAUGUAAACAAUGCUCUUCUAGAAAUUUAAAUUGCAUAUAUACAAAUCAAUAUAAUUUCGAUUUGUCAGAUGCGGAAUUAUUUGCCAAUCAACCAAAUAUACAACUAUUAAAUGAAAUAGCCAAAUUAAAGGAAAAACAUCAAACCCAAGCUCAAGAACCAGACAAAGAUAUAAACCUACAAACUAUAAAUCCUUAUUGGCAAUUUAAAAUCCAAGUCUUUAAUAACAAUACCCGAUCCACUUUUGGCCCUACUUCAUGGCGAACUGCUGUUUCACCACCAAACCAAUCUUUUAAUUCUCAAUAUCCAGAGAUUUGGGAAAAUUUACAACCCAAGUUAUUAAAAUUGAAAAUACAAAAUGAUAUUUCUUUAUCCAAUCCAGAAUUAAGACUUAUGCAAUGUCCUUUAGUAGAUAGCAAAAAUAAAAAUACUUCAAUGUUAAAUGAAUUAAUUCAUUUCUUACCAAAUUAUUAUCAAUUAAAAUUAUCCAUAGAUUCAUUUUUUUCUAAAAAUCAAUUAAUGGAUUUUUUAAAAAUUUUAAACUAUAAAAAAAUUUCAAAUGAUAUACAUAAUUAUUUUCUUUUCGAUCCAACAUCUAAUUUUAAAAUUAAAAAUAUUAUUAUUCCAGAUAAUGGUAGAAAUUUUUAUUCGAUCGGUAUUAUCAUUUUAAUUCUAAUUGUGGAAUAUUAUCCUCAGAAUCAAAUUCCUGAUAUUGUAGAGAGAUUUUUAUGUGUCUUAACAGGGAUAAAUAAUAAUUCAUCUAUGAAUAAUUAUUUGGAAAAAAUUCAAUUUUUACUUCUGAAAUAUUUUAUUGAUAUUUUUACAUCAAUUGAUAAUUCUUGGUCUGAUAAUAAUUGUGGUAAUACUGAAAUGGUUAGUCAAUUGAUUCAAUUAUCUUUAAAUUUAGGUUUGGAUGAUAUUGAUAAUUGGUAUAAAAAAAAAAAUGAUGAACUAUCUAUAGACUCCAAUGGUAAUGAAAUUCAUUUAGAAUUCUAUAAAUUAAAACAAAUUUGGUUAUGGGUUAAUUUUGUGGAUAUUAGUAUAGCAUUUAAUAUUGGUAGAAUCACAAUGAUAUCAAAUAAUUAUUUCAAUUUGGCUAAUGAUAAUACUGGUAAUUCAAUUCAUUCUAGAAGAACAAGAAUACUUAUAGAAUUCCUUGAACUUUCCAAAAAUUAUAUUAAUGAAAUUAAUUAUAAAUUUACGAAUCCAAAUCUCCCCAAUUGGCAAUCAAAAUUUAUUAAAUUUAUUGAUUCAAAUAUUUUACCAAUAAAAUAUUAUACAGAUGAAGAAUCAAUUUAUAUUACUGAUCAAUUUGAUACAAUUAUCUUAUUACCAUCAUUAUCUAUGCUAACCAAUAUGUUAACCAUUGAAAAAUAUAAUGGUAAAUAUGACAAAAUUUGUAAAAUUAAAUUCCAUAAUACUAUGUCAAAAUUCAUUUUAAUCACAUUAAAAGUUUGUAUUAAUGUCAUUAUAAGAUCCUAUAUUGGAAAGUUUGAAAUUACUUCCGAAUAUAAAUCUGAAUUUGAUUUAAAAGAUAAGCUUAUUCUUACUAAAACUCAAAUGGAAAACAAAUCAUUGAAUAUCAUUAAUUUCUUUAUUAGUUCUUCAUUCCAAAGAAUCAUUGCUGAAUCAUAUAGUCUUUUUUUCCUUAGAUUAGCUUCAUUUGAACGAAAUGAUUUGUUAUUUUUAAAUAAUUAUAUUAAGCAUAAAACAUUUAAUUAUAAAAUAAUUAAUUUCAAUGAGGACUUAACUGCAGUUGAUAAAGAAGAAUGGACUUUUAUGGAUACUUUAAAAAAUUUUCAAACUAUUAUUGAUCAUUUAAAUGAUUCCAAAUAUUUAGAUUUACAAAAUUGUAUUAAACGUUCUUAUUCAUUAAAUCUAUCAUUUGCUAUGGAAAAGAUUGGUAGAAAAUUACUUGAUAAGGGGUUGGAGACAGGUGUGAAUUCUAAUAUUUUUAUAGCUAAUUUAAAUUUAAAUCUAAAAGACAAUUCUACCAAUACAAGUUUGAAAAGUCAAGAGACCAAUGAUAAUGAGCAUAAUAUGAAAAUACCCAAUACUAAUAAUGCUACAACUACUACUACUACGUACACUUCUACUAAUGCUACUACUACUAAUACCACUACUACUGCUAGUUCUAAUAGUAGUAUCGACAUAAAUACAAUACCCGAUAACUCGCCUCAAUUAAUCUCAACAGAUCAUCAAAAGCAAUUACAAUUGGAAAAUACCAAUAAAUUUUGGAGUGACUAUAAAGAACAAGUAAAAGCCUUAUGGGACACCGAUUUCCAAGAUCUCUUCAAAUAA